AUGCCAGUGAAAGCUGGCUGGGCACUGGUGAAAGCUGGCCCAAUGCUGAAUGCCAGUGAAAGCUGGCUGGGCACUGGUGAAAGCUGGCCCAAUGCUGAAUGCCAGUGUCCUGCAGGAUGGCAGCAGCUGGCACUGAAGGGGAAUGUCAGGCUGUGGCUGAGUGAGAGAAUCCCAGGGGGUGGGGGCAGGGCUGCACCCUGGCAGCGAGGGGGCAGCUCUGGGCUGAGACACAGCGGGAUCAGACUCCAGCUUCCCAGGCAACACAGGGCAGGCCGAGGAUCCGGCACCGAGAAACACCAUGAGCGCCGAGCCCUGCAUUCAGUGAUGGAGCCGGGCCCGCAUCAGGUGAAGAGGCCGCGGCUGGAGGCCCGGGAGAGGCCGGGGUUCGGGGAGAGGCCGGGGCCCGGGGCCGAGGCUCGGGAGAGGCCGGGGACGGGGACCGGGACCGAGGCUCGGGAGAGGCCGGGGACGGGGACCGGGACCGAGGCUCGGGAGGGGCCGGGCACCGGGACCGAGGCUCGGGAGAAGCCGGGGGCCGGGGCUCGGGAGAGGCCGGGCGCCGGCGCUGAAGCUCGGGAGAGACCGGGGGCCGGCGCUGAGGCCUGGGAGAGGCCGGGGACCGGGGCCGAGGCUCGGGAGAGGCCGGGGGCCGGGGCCCGGGAGAGGCCGGCGGCCGAGGCCCGGGACCGCCAAGACGGCGCUUAUUUCCACUCGUACUCGGAUGUGUCGAUCCAUGAGGAGAUGAUCGCGGACUCGGCCCGGACCGGCUGUUACCGCCGGGCUCUGCAGCGGGGCUGCGGGCGCAGGGAGGCGGCUAGGCCCGGGCCGCAGCCUGGGCCUGGAGUUGGCCUGCUGAGGGGCCGGACGGUGCUGGACGUGGGCGCGGGCACGGGGAUCCUCAGUGUCUUCUGCGCGCAGGCUGGAGCGGCGCGCGUGUACGCGGCGGAGGCGAGUGCGGUGAUGGCGGAGCGGGCACUGGAGGUAGUCGAAGCCAAUGGGCUGAGUGGCCGCAUAGUGGUGCUGAGGGGCCGGGUGGAGGAGGCCAGGCUGCCCGAGAAGGUGGACGCCAUCGUCAGCGAGUGGAUGGGCUACGGCCUCAUGUACGAGUCGAUGCUCCGCAGUGUGCUCCAUGCCCGGGACCGCUGGCUCAAACCGGGCGGCCUGCUCUUCCCCUGCCGGGCCGAGCUCUUCAUUGCCCCGGUCAGCGACCCAGCCCUGCAGGAACGCUUGUCCUUCUGGGCCGGGGUCAAGGAGCAGCACGGAGUGGACAUGGCCUGCAUGGCCGCCUUUGCUCGCCGCUGCCUCAUGAACGACGAGAUGGCGGUGGGCGCCCUGCACGGCGAGGACGUCCUGGCCCGGCCCUUCAUGUUCGCCACCAUCGACCUCUACACGGUCACUGAGCAACAGCUCGGGGGGCUGGGCGGCCUCUUCACCACCUCUUCAUUCGGCAUCGCCACCAUGCAUGCCUUUGCCAUCUGGUUUUCCGUUAUCUUCCCCACCUCUGCCUGCCCAGACGGUGCCAAUGACAAGCAUGCAACCAGUUCCAAUGCCAAUGGCCUUCAAGCUUCCAGGCCCAGUGAGGAUGGUCAGCCUGAUACCAAUGACAAUGGGCCUCAUGCAUCCACUGCCUUUGCUUCCCAUAUGGUAGGUGCUCGCACUGCCAACAUCCACUGUGCAGUCACAACCAAUGGUGAAAACCCCCACACAUUUAAUCCCAAUGCUGAUGACCGUGUGGCAUUUGAUGCUGAUGAACUUGAACCCGUUGUCUUGUCCACUUCACCCUUUGCAGAGGAAACACAUUGGAAACAGUCCUUGCUUUAUCUGGACGAACCUGUCCAAGUAUCCCAGGACACUGUGAUAAAAGGAAAAAUAACAUUAACUCCAGCAGAAGAUAACCCACGACAUCUCCGGGUAGCCUUGAUUUACGAGAUCGGAGAUAGUGGGAAACAAACAAAAAUAUUCAAAAUGGGGGAGGAUUUCUCCUCUUUUGAAUGAAAAGACUCUAUUGGUGCCUGCGCACAUGUGGAUUCUUCAGUGCCUGAACAUUUCCACUGGACACUUUUUCACUGUUUGGUUUCCAGUUGUUUUCCAAACUGAUUGCACUGAUUCAGUUGCCCCUUGAAAGAUUCAUUGUGAGAAAACUGCCUUAACUCAAUAAAUCCAUCCAGACAGCUAAGGAAGGAAUUGUCAAGUAAAAAAAACUUAGAACUCUGAAGUAUCAUUGAUUUGCUGGAUUGGAGAUUAUGGGACAAAAACAAAAUAAUUCAGAAUGAAGGAAGGAUUCCUGCUUUUGAAUGAGUUGCUGUUCAUGUAUGUGUAUUUUUGUUAAUUUAACGGAUAAGCUUGUUUUGGUUUGCCACUCCAAUGUAUCCCAUAUUUUGAUCUGUGUGAAUUCUUGUGCUAGUUUCCUAUUGCUUCUCACAGUAAAUUGCUAGUUGCUUAAAGCUCAGAGGUGUGCUCAGCGCAAAGUAAAUUGACUCUUGGUUGAAACAGAUUCUGGUGACAUUCAUACAGACCAAGAGGUAACCAAUUUUAAUUCCUGUUCAGUUCUGCUUUAGCUGAUCAAUGUCAGCGUGUUGGCCUCAGUAUCUUUGUGAAGGGGAAAAUUAGCCAUGUUUUAUCUGAAAUUAAGAAAGACAAGUCACUGUUUUGCAAGAUCCUUUGUCAGUUGUGACACAGGGUUUUUACUUGAAACAUCAACUUUUAUUUUCAAAUGCUGACUGACUUGUGUGUUUGCAGUUUCUUUACUGGUUCAUUACAAUGUACCACUGUGACAUUCUAGCUUAGCCUGCAAUUGGUUUGGAUAAAAAUCAAUAGAUUUUCAGUUAAUUACAAUUUUAAGCUUCUCAUAACUUAUGAACCUUCUCAAUGCUUUUUUGAUCUAGCUUCUGAACAGCUAUAAAAUAAUAUAAAACCUCUCCAUUGCUUGUGCUGUGAAUGUGCUCUGAUGGCAGUGAUUCAUGAAUCAAGCUCUAAACCCUCAAUAGUAAUGCUGUUACAGAGUCAACUUACCAUAUCCAGCAGUAUGUGUAGUUGUUGAUGUAUAAAGCAGGUCAAAGCAGUAUAUGUCACUGCUAGUGUUUUGCAUUGUACCAAAUUCAAUUGUAAUUUGCAUUUAUUUGAAUUCUUUGAAUGAACACAUACUAUUUAU